AUGUCAUUUCCAAAUUCAGAGAGUAUGUAUCGAUAUCCAGAACAAAUGCAACACGAUGACCUUUUAACUGAACAAGAUCAAAAGUUCAUUACAGAUUUUUUUAACACCCUUGCAACCGAAGAGCCACCAAGUCAUAUGAUGGAUUAUACAAACAACCACAAUGCUCCUCCAGCCUCUAAUCUUUCUUUUCAAGAUGUAGCACCUAUACCAGUAACUAGAAUGUAUCCAGGGAUAGGAAAUGGUGGUGUUGGUGGUAUUGUUAAUGGUAUGGGAAUGGGAAGAGGUAAGAAGGGUCAUCAUGAAUUAUUAACAGAAGCAGAGAAGAAAGCAAAUCAUAUUGCUUCCGAACAAAAAAGAAGACAAAACAUUCGUUUGGGCUUUGAUCAGUUGGUUGAAAUUGUCCCAACACUUAGUCAAUGCCAUCGUACUGUAGAAUAUAUUCAACAACUUUUGAUGCAAAAAAAUGAAUUAAAAGAUCGAGUCAAAUCUUUACAAGUAACAUUAGGAGAUCCACCAGAUCAUGUGGAUGAUUCUUCUUCUGAUGGUGAACUAGAUCUUAUAUUUUGA